AGUUAAUUUGUUAUUUCUUCUGUACUGCUGUCUGUAAUGCACUACUGAGUACAAUAGGGUUAGGUCUAGUGAUGUUACGAUAAGUUUUUUAUUUAUCAUACAUUAGUGCAUUCGACUGAAUUCUUGUUUCUUUUUAAGCAGUCAACAUGCUAAAUAUUAUUACUGCUUAACGUUUCAAGCAUCAUGUCUGUUAGGUUUCAUCAAUCGCUAGCCCGGGUCUCUUUUAGGGGAUUCUUACUGAAACAGCUGGUCCAAGAAGGUUGCACUGGGUCUAAACCAACGUCACCCAAAACAGCUUUGAGACUAGUGCCUCCAAAUACUUACCAGAAUCUGCCUGUAUCUCUCGCUGCUUUGAACAUAAAUGACAUCCGGACACCUCCAGUUGUAGAGCCGUCCAAGGCGAGAGUCCCCCCACCUCAGCCACUCUCUCGGGUCAUACAACUUCCACACAUCAGGACUAAUGUUAUGUACGAGGACCGGGUACCGGUUACUCCUGUGGAGGAGCCUAACCCUUCUGUCGUACAAGAGAAACAGGCCGCCAGACUGAUCGUCAUCAGGAGAAAGAAGAUGAAGAGACACAAGUUGAAGAAGUUGCGGAAGAAGAUGAAGUUCGAGUGGGCAAAAGUCAGACAGAAAAGAGAACUGAAGAAGGAGAAACUGUUCCAAGCCGGUCUCCUUGAGAAGAUUAGACUGGCGCAGAGUUUUGACCCCGCAAAAUUUGCCGCAGAGAAAAUUGCCAAGGCGAAGGAAGUGGAACUUCCACAGGUGUGGCACGGCGUCAGAUACCCUGACUUCAUCAUCAAACAGCUGCUGGAGGAGCAGGAAAGGAAACAGAAGGAGAAAGAAGCCGAUGAGAGGAGAAGAGCAAGUAUGAGUCCUUAUGUGAAAGAUUACUUGGACAAACUUCCUAAGUAAUUGUAAAUAAUAGAGUAUAAAUACUGUAGUGUGUGAUAAAUAAAUACAAUUUACAUCAA